GCCAAUGUUAAGGCCGUCGUAGAACGAAAUUCAAACGUAUCUGGCGGGUUGGUUUUUCGAUGAAAUAUCUUUCAUCCGCACAGUGUAUUUUUGACUGCGAAGCGCGUACGACGUGUGUCUGUGUUGCGUUGCGUUUCUGUCGUUAACGGAAAAAGAAGCGAGAAGCGUUGCCGUCGGUGAAGUUUAUUAUUAUUAUUAUUAUUGCCGUUAUACGCGCGUUUUCGAGGGAAAAGCCAUCAUCGAUCACAACAACAAACAACAACCACAACAUUAAACACUUGGAAAUCGCGCGCGUUUUUCCAUCGCGUCUCGUGUUGCAUUACGUUUUUUAGUGUGUUUUUUGUAUUGAACAAAACAAACCAAAUUCCCCAUUUGCGAAAUAUUGGAAAAGCCCAAAAUACUAUUAUUCGAGGGCCGCGGAGGGAAUUUCUUUAAACGAGGGGAUCACACCGAUCCCCCCGCACAAAAACGCAAAUUGCCGUCGCAAAAACACAACAUAAUAUAUCACCAUAAAUAUUAACAAUAUAAUUUGUUCAUCUCUAGUAACGUAGUAUGUAGAAGCAGCUGUGAUAAAUAGUGCGCAUAUUAUACGAAAAAAGCAAAAAGAGUAUACGACAAAAUACAAGCAACCACAACAACUACUACUAAAUAACCAAGGAAAAAGGCAAAGGAAACUCAGAGAGAGGAAAACGGAAAACGCCAUGGAUUUAUGACAACAACAAAUGCUAAACAACACAACAAAUGAUGUUGCAGCAACAACAACAAUACAUGAGUAUACCAAGAACAACAACAAAAACUGCAACGGCAACUAACCGCAAAUUGUAUACGAUUUUUAUAAACCAAACAAAUUCUAUGUAAAUAAUUAUUAUAACAAAAAAAAAAAACAAAACAAAAUAAAAGCAAAAAACAUUCAAAAACAAAAACAGAUCUCCCGCUUAAAAAACAACAACAAACGCGCGCGUAACAACAACAAUACAACAAGUAUACAAACGUAAUAAUAAUACAUAAAAUCUAAACAAAUGUGCCUGUGUUAAAAAAAAGAAAGCAAAUAAAGAAGCAAAGCAUUCAAAAAGCAGAAGCUUCCGAAUAGAUGUAAAAGUGCAAAACAUAUAAAAACCCCAGAAAUAACUACCCAAAACUCAAAUCAAGAACUGGAAAGUAAAAGAGGGACUCCACACCGGCAGCUACAGUAGAGCUCCCCUAAAGCAGAAGCAGUUGAAGCGGCGGAGAGGGACGUCGGUUUGAGUGUUGCGCCCCCAUUUGUUGUUUCUACUCCAAAAGUGGCACAAAUCGGGUUAGACGUCGCUCCCAGAGCAUUAAUGGCUCAGCCCAGGUAUGACGAUGGCCUACACGGCUACGGCAUGGACUCCGGAGCCGCCGCAGCGGCCAUGUACGAUCCACACGCCGGUCACCGGCCGCCCGGCCUGCAGGGCCUCCCCUCGCACCACUCUCCGCACAUGACGCACGCAGCGGCGGCGGCGGCCACAGUGGGCAUGCACGGCUACCAUUCGGGGGCCGGGGGUCAUGGAACACCUAGUCAUGUAUCGCCGGUCGGUAAUCACCUAAUGGGCGCUAUCCCUGAAGUACACAAACGUGAUAAGGAUGCGAUUUAUGAACAUCCGCUAUUCCCGCUCUUGGCGCUGAUCUUUGAGAAGUGCGAAUUGGCCACAUGUACGCCGAGGGAGCCCGGGGUGCAAGGUGGCGAUGUCUGUUCGUCGGAAUCGUUCAACGAGGAUAUUGCAAUGUUCAGUAAACAGAUAAGAUCACAGAAACCCUAUUAUACCGCAGAUCCCGAAGUCGACUCACUGAUGGUGCAAGCAAUACAAGUACUUCGGUUUCACCUUUUAGAAUUAGAAAAAGUACACGAAUUAUGCGAUAACUUCUGUCAUCGGUAUAUAUCGUGUUUAAAGGGUAAAAUGCCAAUAGAUUUAGUGAUCGACGAACGGGACACCACCAAACCACCGGAGUUGGGAUCGGCGAACGGAGAAGGGCGCAGCAAUGCCGACUCCACAUCGCACACCGAUGGAGCUAGUACACCAGACGUUCGGCCGCCGAGCUCAUCACUGUCCUACGGCGGCGCAAUGAACGAUGACGCCCGAUCGCCGGGCGCUGGUAGUACUCCCGGUCCACUGUCACAGCAGCCACCUGCCCUAGAUACAUCAGACCCUGAUGGUAAGUUCUUAUCAUCACUCAAUCCUUCAGAACUAACAUAUGAUGGACGAUGGUGUCGAAGAGAAUGGUCCUCACCUGCCGAUGCUCGCAAUGCGGACGCCUCCCGGCGAUUGUAUUCCUCAGUCUUCCUCGGUAGUCCUGACAACUUCGGAACGAGUGCAAGCGGUGAUGCCAGCAAUGCCAGCAUAGGAAGUGGCGAGGGCACCGGCGAGGAGGACGACGAUGCGAGCGGCAAAAAGAACCAAAAGAAACGUGGCAUUUUCCCAAAAGUAGCAACCAACAUAUUGAGAGCGUGGCUGUUUCAGCAUUUAACGCAUCCCUACCCAUCCGAGGACCAGAAGAAACAAUUGGCCCAGGACACCGGCCUAACGAUACUGCAAGUGAAUAAUUGGUUCAUCAAUGCGCGGCGGAGAAUCGUCCAGCCAAUGAUCGAUCAAUCGAACCGAGCAGUCUAUACACCGCAUCCAGGUCCCUCCGGAUAUGGCCACGACGCCAUGGGCUACAUGAUGGACAGCCAGGCGCAUAUGAUGCACCGUCCGCCCGGAGAUCCGGGCUUCCACCAGGGCUAUCCGCACUACCCGCCCGCCGAGUACUACGGCCAGCACUUGUAAUCCUCGUAAUCCGGCCCACAACCGGAAACGGAACCAGAGAGCUCUCCGGAAGCGAUCAAGCCAAAAUCAUAGCUUAAAUUUUUAACACCACCACCAUCAACCAACUGGAGGAGAAGGAGCUGAAUCACGAGGAGCAGGAGCAGGAGCAGGAGCAGCAGCAGGAGCAGGAGCAGGAGGUGUCCGAUCCGAUCCCAAAACUAGCAUACCGCGUGGCAAUAUCAGUCAAGUAAUAGCAAACAAAAAACACAAGCAAAGAACAACUGUAGUAAAAUCUAUAAAAUGAUAUUAGCUAAGCAACAACAACAACAACAACGGCAGAACUCAGAACAACCACAGCAACAACAGCAGCAACAACAAAGGCACCAGCAAAAACAAAUUACAUCAAAAAGAAACCAGAAAUUUUAAAGAAACUAUUUGUGUAUACCUUAAACAUAAAUAACAAAAGCAGAAAAAAGGGAAAAAUAAAAACAAGAAAAAGAUAUUUAUGCAUAAACAAAAAUGAAACGCUUAGCUAUAAGUUAAAUAAACAAAAUAAAACCAGAGUCCCACACACACCCACAUACACCCGAAAUACACAGACAGAGAUACACAACAACAAUUUGAAAUGCAAAUUUUUAUGUUCAAAGCUGCAGUAUGCGACACACACACAAUUUUUAAAGCAUGAAUUUAGGCGCAGUCCAGCAAGGAAACAAAACUUAAAACUCACACAAAAUUAAAGCGACAUUUCGUUCGGAAUUGUUAUAGAUUUUAGUUUGAAUUUAGAGAAUGUCCCGCCCCACCAGAAAAUCAAGAAAAAACAAUAGCAGCACGAAAUUCGAUAAAGUUUGAAUUUAAUUGCGGAAUUGAAGGAGAAUUCUUUGCUAGUUCUUAGUUUCAUUUUAGUUAUGUAACAAGUCAGUUGUAGUAACGCUUUGUUUUCUAUACCUUUACGCAUAUGUAUUUGUACAUACAAAACAAAUCGAUAACGAACUAUAGAUACACACGUACAUCUAUGUUUAGGCGAUAGAACCCUACUAUAUCCUACGUUUAGACGAUUAAUUUAAAUAAAUUGAAUUGUUUUCUAAUUUUACGCCUUGCAACACUUAAGUAAAAACGAAAUGGAAUUUAAUUUUUACAAAAAAGAAAGAUCGAUGAGAAGGGAGCAUUUUGAUUUGAAUGGAAUUUGUUUUAGAGUUUUUAUUGUGUGUGGAUCUUGUAGUAUUAUUUUCCAACUGAAGCACACGGACCGAUUUGAAUAUAUAUGUAUAUGUAUGGAUUUUAUGCGAGAUACAAACAAUACGAUACAAAUAAUAAUAAUGGCAUAGGCAUAUACAUAACUCUGAAUAUGUAUACGUAAUAUUAAUAAUAAAUUAUGCUUACGUUUAAACUGUACUUUUAUUUAUGUAUUCUAAUUUGUAUGCGUUAAUCCUUAGUUAACUAUUAUUAUUAUUAUUACAUUUACUUAAUUAAUGAUUUAAAUUUAACUAAUUCAAAACACUGAGCAAGAGGAUAGAAUUGUACGAAAGAUGAUUUAUUGAUGAAAACAAAAAUGCAUAUAUGAGAAAAUAUUUGAAAAAAUAA